AUGGCGAUGUCAGGAACAUACGUGACAGACGCCCAUAUUUGUAUUGGGCCGGACCUGGUGACAGAGGUUUCUCUUAAAGGGUCGGCUAAGAAUCACUACAAGAGGUGCGAAAACCACUUCUUCUCGGAUGCCGUCGGCCAUCACAUCCAAGGUGUCUACGUCCACGAAGGCGUCUGGGACACCCACAGUGCCAUCAAGCUUGUGUACGAAGAUGGGAAGCAAGAGGUACUCACGGAGAAGAGAGAGUUUGACGACGACAAGAUGGCGGUGUCGGCCAGAGGGCUUGAGGGUCACCUGAUGGAUCAGCUUAAGGUGUAUGACGUCAUCUUCCAGUUCAUCCCUAAGACUGAGCAAGGCUGCGUCUGCAAAGUCACCAUGAUAUGGGAGCAACGAAGGCUCGCCCGAACCCAUCAACUACAUGAAAUUCGCCAAGAGCUUGGCUGCAGACAUGGAUGA